AUGGACAAUGAAAGUGUAGCACAACAAUACGAGCCCGUCGCCGAGAUUGGCGAGGGUGCUUACGGAAAGGUGUACAAGGCACGAGAUUUGAAGAACGAGGGACGCUUUGUAGCCCUAAAAAGAGUUCGGGUACAGACGGAGGAGGAAGGGAUGCCCCUCUCGACCAUCCGGGAGGUAGCGGUACUGAGGCAACUGGAGGCAUUCGAACACCCCAACGUGGUCAGACUGUUCGAUGUGUGUACCGUGUCUCGGACCAACCGUGAGACCAAGCUGACCCUGGUCUUUGAGCAUGUUGACCAGGACCUGACCACGUACCUGGAGAAAGCCCCUGAUCCUGGGGUGCCACCUGAAACUAUCAAGGAUAUGAUGUACCAGCUGCUGCAGGGGUUGGACUUCCUGCACUCACACCGUGUGGUUCACCGGGACCUGAAACCCCAGAACAUCCUGGUCACCAGCGGAGGACAGAUCAAACUGGCCGACUUCGGUCUCGCCAGGAUAUACAGCUUUCAGAUGGCUCUGACCUCUGUGGUGGUGACGUUGUGGUACAGAGCCCCAGAGGUGUUGCUCCAGUCCAGCUAUGCCACCCCAGUUGACCUGUGGAGUGUGGGCUGUAUCUUCGCUGAGAUGUUCAGGAGAAGACCUUUGUUUAGAGGAAGCUCAGAUGUUGAUCAGCUGGGCAAAAUUUUUGAUGUGGUCGGGGUUCCCUCGGUGGAGGACUGGCCCCAGGAAGUAGCCCUGCCACAGAGUGCCUUCUCUCCACGACCCCCUCAGCCAAUCGGAAACCUCAUCCCUGACAUGGACGAGCUGGGGAAGUCCCUUAUACUCCAAUUCCUGGAGUUCAAUCCCUCCAGAAGGAUAUCAGCGUUUGCUGCUCUGACCCACCCCUACUUUCAGAGUGUGGAUAGUGACAGUAGGAGUGUGUACGCUCAGCCCAUCGCCAGCAACAAGCCCACCAUGGAGGAGAGAGCUGCCUGA